CAACAGCCGUGGCUGGAUGAUGGUUGCUGUGCUGCAACUCUCCAUCGUCCGCAGCAUCUUGUUCUUUGUCACUCUGAUCCUGUGGACAGAUGAACAGUAUGACUACGGUGAUGUGGAUUCAGUGGACCCCAACCUGUAUGUGAACGGUAUCAUCUGCGUGUCGACCUUCGUGUCCUCCUACGGCUACCUUCUGUUCUACAAAGCGACUAAGGGUGCUUUACAUGGCUAUGGACUGAGAGCCAAGUUCAUCUGCAUUAUUGUGGUGUUGGUGCUAUGUGGCCUGCAGAGUGGCAUCUUGGAGACCAUGGGUGCCCUAGAGGUCAUUCCCUGCACACCACCCUUCUCUGUCCUGACCAGGUCCCAGUUGAUCUAUCACUACUGUGUGAUUGUGGAGAUGUUCUGCAUUGGACUGUACGCCCGUCGCACUUUCCGUAAGGUGGAGCCGAGUGUGGUAGAGGACGUGGAGUGUCCCACCAGAGUCUGGCAGAUUGAAAAGGCUGUUCAAACAGACGAUGAUCAGGUGACAAAUCACAAGCCCGGCCUGCCAUCAGAGAAGGCCUGGCCUGGCCGCUGCCUCGUCAGAGCCUCCAAUCCCAGUUACACCAGUAACAGCGAGGACAGCCUGUGUAGGAUAGAACACUCCCCUCUGGAUGGCUUCCCCUUCCCUCAGGCCAGAGGUCAGCAGUCAGACAGGCAAGAACCAGUGAGGUCCAGUUGUGCAGAGGAACCUGGUGUAGAUCUAACCCACAUUACAGUCAGGGCUGAUAUUAACUGUCAAGACCCUAAAGAUGUCACUGUGGUUUGACCAACUAUGGAAGACAAAAGACUAAAUUCAGUCUUAGCUUAACCACUGUCAAUUCUGGUAUUGGCCUGUCUGGGGAACUGCACACCCUGUUCUGUGAUAAAACAGAUUCACCGAACAUUUUUAUGUCACAUAGGAGGAUGUAUUGGCAGAAAUUUUAUGUAACCCUUUCACACUACAGUGGACAGCUUCUCAAAAGCUGUUUUCUUGAAUAUGAAUGGGUUUUGAUGGUAUAUUUGCACAUCAGCUACCACAGUGGAUGCUAGUGCACCAUCCCACACACAGCCAACCAAGAUAGCUGACUGAAAGUCAGGUAAAUAAAUUGGUAAUAAAGUAACAACUGAGAAAUAAUGCAAUUUUCAAAAAUCCAAGUAUUGAUUAUAUGUUGGGAGGAAAUUAUGAAUAAUCAUCCACUAAACUGGACGUCAUGCAUCGUUGCUAUAUUUUAACUACAAUUCAUACUAUUACUGCAAAUUAUUGAAAAUACUUCAUCUGCAGCAACUUUUCUGGUUGUAAAUCAGUUAAUUUAUGUUAUUGGAAUGUAAUAUGCAGUUUUUGUUACAAAGACAGUAUGUUGUACAGAGUGUGUGAGUAACAGCAUAUUUCUAUUCAUAUAUAAAAAAACAUUUAUAUCUAUAUAU